GUGAGUGGGGAGGGGGGGAUCGGGCAGGGCGUCACCCCUGGACAGCGGCCCCGGUACGGUCCCGGUACAGCCUCGGUACAGCCCCAGCUCCCGGUACAGCCUCGGUACAUCCCCAGCCCCCGGUACAGCUCCCGUUACAGCCGCCGGUAGAGCGCCCGGUAGUGCCCCGUUACAGCCUCGGUACAGCCCCCGUUACAGCCCCGGUACAGCCCCGGUAAUGCCACAGCUCCCGGUACAGCCCCGGUACAGCCUUGGUACAGCUCCCGGUACAGCCCCGGUAAUGCCACAGCUCCCGGUAAAGCCCCGGUACAUCCCGGUAGCUCCCCUCCCCCGGGACAGCCCCAUCCUCUCGGUUCGAUAUUCCCGGUCCGGACUUAUUCCCGGUCCGGCAUUCCCGGUCCAGCCCCACCCCAGGGACACCAUUCCCGGUCCAGCCCACCGGUACCGGCCCUCUCCGGGCUGGUCUUCCCCCCCCCCUCCCGCCGAUGCUGCCGAACCCCGAGGAGCCCCCACCCCGAGACUCCCCGAGCACCGGGGGGCGGGGGGGGUUUAACCCUUUCCUGGACGCUCUGCAGUGGGGGUGCCCAGCCCCCCGUCCCGCGGGACACGAGAGGCACAGAGGGGCUGGUCCCUCCCCUGAGUGUCCCCUCUGUCCCCAGCCCUGUCUCACCAUGUCGGUCUGUCCCUCCCCCUGAGUGUCCCCUCUGUCCCCAGCCCUGUCUCACCAUAUCGGUCUGUCCCUCCCCUUGAGUGUCCCCUCUGUCCCCAGCCCUGUCUCACCAUGUCGGUCUCCAAGCUGCAGGACACGGACGAGGUUUUUGGUGAGUUCCUGAGGGGGGGCCUGGGGUGCAGAACCCCCCGAGGGGUGCAGAGCCACCCGUGGGUCCCCACCCACCCUCGGUGUCCUCCCGUGUCUGGGCUUGGGGACAGUGUGUGCUUGGGGACACGAGGAUGUGCGUGGGGAAGGGGACAUGGGGACACACAUAAGGGUGUGGGGGUGACAAAGAUAUGGGGACACGUCCAGGGCACACAGGAAUGGGGGUCGAGGGGCACAGGGGUGACAGGGACGUGGGGACACAGCAGGGACGUGGCCCAGAGCCACCCCUCGGGUGGGGUUGGGGUGCAGGGCUCAGAGCAGGGUGGGGAUAUUGGGGGGAUCCCUGUGGGACCUGGACAAAGAGUGUCCCCCCCCGGGGUGACAGGGACACUCUGUCCUCAGGGUCACCCACUCCUCUGUCCCCAUGCUGGGCCAUCUCUUUGAACACUUCUCUCUGUCCCUCUGUCCCCUGUCCUGCCCCACCGGGGUGCCCCAUCCAUGUCCCCAAUGCUCCCCUCUCCUUGUGCCCCCUCCCGUUUUCCUGGGACCACACACCUGCCCUGUCCCUGUCCCCAUCCCUGUCCCUGUUCCCAUCCCUGUCCCUGUCCCUCUGUCCCCUGUCUGCUGGGCUGGCCUUCCCUGUGUGUCCACCUGCCUCCAACGCUUCCCUGUCCCCUCCUCCCUGCUUAUCCCUCCCUCCAACCAUCAUCCGUCCAUCUGUCCAUCCGUCCAUCCAUCCAUCCAUCCAUCCAUCCAUCCAUCCAUCCAUCCAUCCAUCCAUCCAUCCAUCCAUCCACCAUCCAUCAUCCGUCCAUCCAUCCAUCCGUCCAUCCAUCAUCCAUCCAUCAUCCAUCCCUCCAUCCAUCCAUCCAUCCGUCCAUCCAUCCGUCCAUCAUCCGUCCAUCAUCCGUCCAUCCAUCAUCCAUCCAUCCGUCUAUCCAUCCAUCGUCCAUCCCUCCAUCCAUCCAUCCAUCCAUCCAUCCAUCCAUCCAUCCAUCCAUCCAUCCAUCCAUCCAUCCAUCCAUCCAUCCCUCCAUCCAUCCAUCCAUCCAUCCAUCCAUCCAUCCAUCCAUCCAUCCGUCCAUCCAUCCAUCCAUCCAUCAUCCCUCCAUCCAUCCAUCCAUCCAUCCAUCCAUCCAUCCAUCCAUCCAUCCAUCCAUCCAUCCAUCCAUCCCUCCAUGUCCGUCCAUCCCUCCAUGUCCAUCCCUCUGUCUACCCCCACCUUCCCGCUCUCUCCCACCCCACGCCACCUCGCUGUCCGUGUGUCCGUCCGUCCGUCUCUCUCUGCCCCGGUGUCUCUUUCACUGCCAGAUUUUACCGCUGUGGUUCCAGAGACGCCGCGCUUGGACAGCAGCCUGCACAAGGCCCGCGCCCGGCUCCUGGCCCGCGGCCGCCGCCAGCGGCCCUCGCGCUCCCGCCUGCGCGACAGUGCCAGCUCCACCGAGGGCGACGAGGGGCCCGAGGCCACGGGCACUGAGGGCGAGGGCAGCCCCCCGACCCCCUCGCCCUUCUCCCGCACCGACGGCUUCUCCUUCGAGCCGGGGGUGGCACGGCCAGGCCUGGGGGACCCCCCGGCCCCCACGCCCCCCCUCAGCCGCUACCGGCCCCUCACCAACACCCCGUCCCAGGAGGGGCUCUCGGGCCCCCCCGCGCCCCAGUCCUGCCCCAGCUCCGACAGCUCCCCCGGCUUCGCCCGCCGAGACCCCCGGCCCCGGCAGCACAGCGAAGAUGACAGCCGGGACAUGAGCCCCCCCUCGCCCGCCAGCCCAACCGUGGGGCUCGAUAAGAAAACACGGAGGAAGUUCUUGGAUUUGGGGGUGACCCUGCGCCGGGCGUCCUCUGGGAAGAGCCGCAAGGAGAAGAGCAGCAACCGCCUGUCCAUGGGCAGCAGGGAGGCAGCGGAGGGGCCCGGCCGCCCCUCGGGGUCCCCGUUCCUGCCCUUCUCCUGGUUCUCAGACAGCGCCAGGGGCUGGGGCUCGCCCGGCCCCGCGUCCCCCGCGGGCUCCCCCCGGCACGAGGGGCUCAGCCCCGCCAAAUCUGCCUCACAGGACUCCGAGCUGAGCGAGGAUUCACCACCAUCCAGCGCCAGCCCCCACCUGCCCGGCCCCCCCAAGUGCUCCUACCCCUACCACACCCUGUCCCAGUCCUCGGACGAGCUGCUGGAGGAGCCGGCGGGCGCGGCCGCGGGCUGGACGUGCGGCCAGGUGGGGCAGUGGCUGCAGAGCCUGGGCCUGGAGCGCUACGUGCGGGAAUUCGCGGAGCGCGGCGUGGACGGGCCCCGCCUGCUGCUCCUCGAUGGGGCCAAGCUCAAGGUGCGGGGCCGGGGGGUCUCCAGGGGCCCCAAAAGAUGGAGGGCGCUGGGCGUGGGCAGCUCCCAGGACCGCGCGGUGCUCAAGCGGCGGCUGAAGGAGCUGAGCCUGGCGGCCGAGCGGGAGCGCAAGGCCCGGGAGAAGGCGGACAAGCAGCGGGACAAGCAGAAGAAGAAGGACCAGGAGCAGCGGAGGAGCUGAAAACCGGCGGGUCCCGCACCCUUUCCCCACCCACAGCCCCCCGGGACACACCUCGGGGACACGGGGCACGGCCAAGGGACAGCGGGGCCGGGCCCGGAGCAACACCUGCCCCCGCCCCCGGUUCCAGCCGCCACCUCCCCGCCCGGCCCGGCCCCCCCCGGGCCCUUUUCCGGAUGCAGAGGGCACUCGGGACACCCCCAGCCCGUCCUGCCACCCCCACCUGUCACCACCCCCGAGGGGGCCCAGCGGCCUCCCCACCCAGCACCCCUGGCACAGGAGGGGACAGGGCAUGACCCGACCCCCUCCACACACGGGCACCC